AUGGAAGUCUCGAAAGAUGUGCGAUCAGAAUUUACUGACCUGAUACGGGUGCGCAACCCCAAAGCCGUCCUCAUUGGUGCGCGGAAGACAGCCAUGAUUGGGAGCUUUGCGUGGCCCAGAAUGGACGGUGUGUUGAUUAAAGUGGAGAUGGUGUCCGGAAAUUCGAUUAUUACCGCCAUUGUCGAUACGGGGUCACAAUUGAAUGUCGCGCGAGGCGAAAUUGCACGAAGGAAGAUCCCGCAAGUAGUUGACACUACUUGUGUCAUUAACAUGAAUGAUGCUAAUGGCGGAUCGGGUCAGUUGCGAGGGAUGAUACGAAACGCGGAACUUGCCUGUGGAGGAUUGAAGACCAAGGCGGAUCUGUGGGUCUCGGAGCAAGCCCCAUUCGACUUGCUGCUCGGUCGUCCCUGGCAGCGACAGAACAAGGUGAGUAUUGACGAGCGAAGGGAAGGGACCUACCUGGUCUUCAAGGACCCCAUUACGGACCGCCCACGAUUUGAGCUGCUGGCGGCAGUCGCAGAAGACGAUGCUGAUGAGCCCGCCAUACACUACCAGUCGCUGGCGGGAUUCGGCUGA